AUGAGAGUAUUUUUAUUGCCGAUUUGGUAUACCCUCUUUCUGUUCUGCAAAUCAGAAGAUUUGCCAUACAAAUUACCGGAUAGACUUUUAAAUAAAAGCUUAAUAGAUAUACUAAACUAUAACUUCAAUGUUAAUGAUGUUAUGGAUAUAUUUGAAAAAAUAUUCAAGAACAGCGUUGACGAUUUCAAAAUCGAAGAAGAAAACAAUGAGAUGAAGAAUUUACAAUUCAUGAAAUACAGUUUUGAUAAGGAUAAUUAUAACUUUAUGUACACCUCUUUUAAGGACUAUUGUCUAAAUGAAGUUACAAAUAAUGAAAAUUGCAAAAAAUACACAGACAAAGAUUACAUUUCCAACAUUUUCAAAGACAUUGAUAGCAAUUUUUAUUCUAGAUUUUAUAAAGAAAUAAACAAAUUGAAACAUUACAUUUUCGAAAUAGGGAAAUUAUUAAAAAGAAGAGAUGAGUUAAAUAAUGAAAUUAAUUGCACCGUUGAUAGUAUUAAAAAUUCGAAAAGUUGGGUUAAUAAAACCCUUACGAAAAAAUCUAGCAAGGCAUUACCUAUUAUUCGAUAUUUUGAAGAAAUGUCUUAUAAUCUAAAACAUUCAAAUAAAGGUUUAAGUUACUAUGAUAUGAUGGUACAAUAUGGAAAUGAUUUAAAUGCUAUCAUAAAAAAUGCACUAGUAGAAUAUGUAUAUUUGUAUAAACAAACAAAAACUUAUCAAAAAAAAAUAGAAAGGUAUAUGGAAAGAAAUGCUAGAAUCCUUUCAAAAAUGCAUAAGAAAAUUAUAUUAAGUAUUUUUUAUAUGAUUUCAGAUAUGAAUAAAACAAAUGAAAAAAUUGACAAUUUAAUAAAUAAAAAGGUACACGAAUUCAGUGAAUGGGUAAAUUAUGAAAAUAAUAAUUAUGCAAAAAGACUAAAAAAAUUAAAAACAACUGUUGAUUUUAAUUUAGAUGACAUUAAUGAAUAUAUAGAUAUUUCUAAAGAAAAACUUGAACAAAAUAAAGUAGCCUUUAUAAAUAUGAGCAAAUAUUUGACAUUUCAAAAUCCAACAAAAACUAUUACGUCUAUCAUGAAUCUUAUUAAUAACAAAUAUUCUAAGGAUGUUAAUGUCAUUUUUAUAUAUAAUGAAGAAUAUAUAGAUUUUUCUUCUGGAAACGUGAUAGAAGAAUUAGAACCAUGCAAAGUUAAUAUAAAUACAAAAUCGACAAACAAUGUUAACUUUACUCAUUUGGAUUUUAUGAAAACGUCCAAGUAUGAAGAAAUGCUUAAUACUAACAUGUAUGAACAAAAGGGUUUUAAACACAUAGAUAAACAGAAGAUAGACAAUGUUAUGAAUGAAAUAUUUCAUGGAGACAAGAAACUUGACACCGAAUACUGGAUCAAAGAAAAAGAAUAUGAAGAUGUUAAAAGUAAUAUUUCUUACAAUGAACUAAAUAACCAAAUCAAAGUAUAUACAGAUGAAAUGGAAAAAAGCAUCACCAUGAAUAACGAUAAUUAUAUUUUCAAACCUACCAUAAAAAGAUAUAUUUCCAGUGUUAGAAACCUUUUUAAAAAUCCAAUUUUUUAUUUUAACAAAUAUAUUUAUUCUUUUGAGAAAAAUUUUGAUUCAUAUUCCAACAACCAUGCAGGAGUUGUCACUACUACUUUUAAAACCAUUGAUAAGGAAGAUAAAAAUGAAUUAGAAAACGAGAAAGCAAGUGAAAAUGAAGCCAAGGAAGAGGGUAAUAAUAAAUUAGAAAACGAGAUAGAAAGUGAAGAAGUGAAGAACAUUAAGGAUCAUAAAAGAAAUGAAGAAAUAAAAGUAAUCGGGAAUGGCUCAAGCAAUGUCAAAAUUUAUGGAGUGAAGAAAGAACUAGAAAAGGAGAUAUUAAGCGAAAUAGAAUCCGCUGCAAAUUUAGAAUUAGAUUCUGAUCUAGAAAGAGAGUUUGAAAACAGGGAAGGGAAAAAUGCUUGGGAAAAAUUAGGAAACGAAACUGCUCUUUCCAACGAAGUAACUGUAGUGUCAGAAAACAUGAAAGGUGAUAAAAAUGAGCAAGUGGAUGAAAAGAUAUUUGAUGAAAUAUAUUUGGAACAUGCAGGAAAGGACAAGGAGGACGUUGAACAUAUCAUCCAAGCAUUAAAUAAACAUGAUAUUGAAAAUGUUGAAAGUGAAAAUAAGAAUGAUAAUGAAAAUGACAAGGAUAAUUCACAUUAUAAUUAUAUGGAUGACAACAUUAUUCUCGAUGAUGUAUUUAAUAAUGUGGACUAUAGAGAGAAUGAUAAAAAGAGCGAUGAAUUGAACGAAAAGGAAGAAGGUAACGACGCUUAUAAAGAGGACCCAAAAGAGGAGAAUAAUAAUGAUCUUAUUGAUGACAGUGUGAUGAAGAAUAAGAAAAGAGGAAAUUUAAAUGAUAACAAAGGAGACAAGGUAAACGAUGAGGAGCAAGAAAAUGAAAAAGAAAAAGAUGGAGAAGAAGGAGAAGAAGAAGAAGAAGAAGAGAAAGAAGAAGAAGAAGAAGAAGAAGAAGAAGAAGAAGAAAAAGAAGCAGAAGAAAAGGAACAAGAUGAUGACGAUGAUCAUGUUGAAGAAAAAGGCGAAAAUGUGGACAAAAAUGAUGAUGAAAAUGAUUAUAAUUAUGGCAGUGACGAAUCAGGAAAAUAUGAAAACACAGUGAACGAAAAAAAUAAAAAUAAUUUAUCCAUUUUCCAUAGUGCAAGUUUAAAGUAUCUGUUGCGAAUUCCAUUCAUUAAGCAGCUGUAUAACAUGUGUUAUGAAAAUAAAAAUGAAUGUGUACAUAGAAAAGAUGUAGAAGUGAUUGAGAUUUACGAAAUAGAUGAAAAGGAACUAGAAGAAAUAUAUAACGAUUUUAUUAACUUAAGCUAUGAAGACUCAUUAAAAAAAAUUAAAGAAAAAAUAUUUUAUGCAGUACCUGACAUGGAAUAUCUUUCGAAAGCUUUGAAAUUACAAAAAAAAAAUAAGGAAGAAAAUAAGAUUCGAAAUUUUUUUUAUGAUGCACUUUAUGGAAAUGAUUAUUUGUUUGUAAAAUCGAAAGGUGUUAAUGUUGAAACAUUUAUUUAUCCAUAUUUUGAGACUUUAAAUUUACAGUUAAGUGAAAUAAAAACAUGCACAUCAGAGGAUUACUAUGGUUGUAUGAAGAAUUAUAUUCGAAAUGAAAUUAAAAAAAAGGAACCAGAGAAUAAAAAAUUAAAUGACAAAUUAAUGCAAAAAACAUUAUUUGUAUAUUUAGGAAUUUUUAAAGAUGAAGUUUUUAAAUUGCCGAAAUCGAAAAUCACAGAUGAUUUAAAAAAAGCUCAUUUGAAACAGUUUUUAGACAAUCCUAAUGAUUAUCAUUUUUUUAAUAAUUUUUUAAUUAAAAAAUAUGAAGAAGAGUACUAUUUUUUUCAAAGAUUAAAAGUGUUUACUGUAUAUCAUUCUAAAUACAAAAAUUCCAUUAUGUAUGGUAUUGACUUUAACUUUUAUGUUUCCUAUUUUUCAAAAGAGGACAUACAGUAUUUGCCCUUAUCAUACUAUCAUGAUUCUAUAAUAUAUUUUAAGGUGGUUCUUGCCACCUCAAAAUAUGGAUUCCAUGAAAUAGUCCCCAUUGAUGAUGAAAUUAUAAAGUUUGGGUUAAUGCUCUCAUUAGAUAAUAAAAAUAAAAAUAUACAUUAUUUAAUAUUAUCAGAAGUUAUCAAUGACACAAAUUAUGACCUGCUUAAAAGUAAAACCGGGGUUGUUAAAAUUUAUGAAGUGUCUUAUGAAAAUCUUAAUAUGCAAAUGGUAAAUUCAAAAUAUAAAGUUCAAGUAACAAAAAAUAUGAAAAUAAUUCUACAAAAGAAAGUCACUUUUAAUAACAAUAAAAAGAGAACACAUGAUUAUAUUGAUACCUUUUAUGAUAAGAUGAAUAAAAUAAUGAAAAAUAACAUGAACCUGGAAUUGUUCGGGAAAACUUUUUAUGUUCAUCUACAGAAAACGUGA